AUGGUCGUAGUGGUCGCUCAUUUGCUUGCAGGUGAGACUACGCCUAGCGUCCACUUACUGGCACUCAACUCUCACCUGUGGCUACACGUAGCUGGGCUCCGCUCAGCGGCCACACUCCGGGCAACCGGCGGGCUAAACCAGGUUAGGGUAUCUGUGCGUGCACCUGCACACGCAGUACUGUGGUCUCCGCUGGCCGGAUGGAUCUUCGCGUCGACUUCGUCGAGACGAGGCUCUGCCUGGACCAUCGCCGGAGGCCGUCAGGUAAGUUUUUCUUCAGGUAAGUGAAUUUGCUGUGUUUCUUCCCUUUGUCGGUCGAAGUUCCUUGUUGUAUGCUGCUCUUGUUCCCUGCCCUCUAUAUGUUAGUCUGUCUGUUAACAUCUAGAUGGAACUGUUGAUGCCCGCUGCGACUGUCUGUCUAUCAGUCUAUGUCUCUUUCUGCUAAUAGCUCGGUGUUACUGUGCUUGAUCUUGAAGGAUGCCCUCUCACUUCUGUCUCUGACUUAUGACUGUGUCUGUUUGUACACUCUAGCUGUAAGUCCCAUAGCGUUAGGUAAUGUGCAUCCUCUCAACAACUUCGUCACAAUCACCACCAAAGUCCCAGGCUAAUUCGGGUCGUUCUCUCACCAACAAAAAUUCGUGGCCCAUAGUGGAGUCGGGCAGCCGUCGGGGUUACCGGGCAGCCCUAUUUAGGGAUAGGCUGCCUGCACUCGCGAGGGGGAAGGGGCCCAAAAGAUCGCUGGGAACCACGCUGUCUGUAGGCUGGCUGUGGCCCCAGACAAAACACACACGGUCGAAACAGCCAAAACCGAAACAAUAACAACAACAAUCACUCUCUUCCUCUUCCAGCCUAUUCUUCUUCUCCUCCUCCUCCUACUUAUCGCUGCCGCAGUCGCCAGACUGGCGGAGUGAGACCGCUCACUCUGGCAGCCUGGAAUGUUCGUUCACUUUUAUAAAUCCGAGGAGCAACCGACCGGAAAGGAGGACGACGCUAGUGGCCCGGGAACUGGCGCGCUACAAGGUGGACAUCGCCGCACUCCGCGAGACUCGAUUCUCCGACAAAGGCCAAAUGGAGGAGGUGGGUGCCGGCUACACCUUCCUCUGGAGCGGUCGACCCAGGGCAGAGCGACGAGACGCGGGUGUCGCCUUCGCCAUCUGGAACGACAUCGUGGGACGACUGCCCUGUUUGCCGCAGGGCAUCGACAAUCGCCUGAUCAGCUUCCGUCUGCCUCUCCGGCGUGGGGGCAAAUUCACCACCAUCAUCAACGCCUACGCUCCGCCGAUGAGCAGCGUGACGCCGCUGCAAGAGACAAAUUCUACGAGGACCUGCACGCACUCUUGGCGACUGUGUCGAAGGCGGACAAGUUGA